AUCGUUUCACCUGCCAGAUAUCUUUCCCCGCAGGGCAUCAAUCAGGGUGGAGAAUGAUGUCACUCUUUCUUCUUCCUUCCAUUCUUUCUUCCAUUCAUCGGUCCACCGCCCCUCAUCACACCCUUCCACCAAAACCCCUCCUGCUACUUACCCACCUCCCACCUCCACCACCCAUCCUGCCUCCUCCCUCCUCCCUCUCUUCUUGAAGCAUAAAAACACCUGGCAUCCAGACCUCCGCUACUCCAGUGUCUCUCUCCUCUCCUCUCUUCUCCUCUCCUCCGGUCUGAGGCACACUUCUCUCUCCACACUCCAGCAGCAGCAGCCAUGAGCUCCUACAGCAGCCGUAGCUUCGUCUCCUCAGGCGGCUCCAUGAAGGGCGGGCCCAUGACCUCCUCACGCGUCUCCAUGGUUUCCAGCGGCAUGGGAGGCAUGGGUGGCAUGGGAGGCAUGGGCGGUGGGCGCAUCAGUUCCAUGAGGGCCGGCAGCGUGUAUGGGGGCGCAGGGGGCUCAGGUGUGCGGAUCUCCCAAUCCUGCUUUGGCUCUGGUGGUGGUGGUGGUGGCGGUGGCGGCUACGGCUUUGGCAGUGGUGGUGGUGGCGGUGGCGGCUACGGCUUUGGCAGUGGAGGUUGUAUUGACACCAGCUUACAAGCGAAUGUGAGCGAGAAGGCCACCAUGCAGAACCUGAACGACCGCCUGGCCACCUACCUGGACAAGGUGAAGUCUCUGGAGCAGGCCAACGCCGAGCUGGAGCUGAAGAUCCGUCAGUUCCUGGAGAGCAAGACCUCCCCCACGGCCCGGGACUACUCUGCCUUCUACGCCACCAUCGGCGACCUGCAGGACAAGAUCCAGCAAGCCACCCGUUUCAAUGGAGGAAUUUACCUGAGCAUCGACAACGCAAAGCUGGCUGCCGAUGACUUCAGAACCAAGUAUGAGAGCGAGCUGGCCAUGCGUCAGUCGGUAGAAUCAGACAUCGCAGGGCUGAAGAGGCUCCUGGACGAGCUGACCAUGACCCGGUCCGACCUGGAGAUGCAGAUCGAGGGCCUGAGAGAAGAACUCAUUUACCUCAAGAAGAACCAUGAGGAGGAGCUGCUGGCCUUGCGAGCUCAGAUGACCGGACAGGUCACCGUGGAGGUGGACGCCGCCCCGCAGGAGGACCUGAGCCGCGUCAUGGCGGAGAUCCGCGAGCAGUACGAAGGUGUAUCUGCCAAGAACCAACGUGAACUAGAGAGCUGGUUCCAGACUAAGUCAGAGUCACUGAACAAGGAGGUGGCAGUCAGCACAGAGACCUUACAAACGUCCAAGUCAGAAAUCAACGAGAUCAGACGCACUCUCCAGGGUCUGGAGAUUGAACUGCAGUCACAACUAAGCAUGAAAGCCUCCCUGGAGGGCACCCUGGGGGACACGGAGGGCCGCUACUCCAUGAUGCUAACCGGGCUCCAGGGUCAAGUGACAAGCAUGGAGGAGCAGCUGACGCAGAUGCGCAGCAACAUCGAGAGCCAGGGCCAGGAGUACAAGAUGCUGCUGGACAUCAAGACCAGGCUGGAGAUGGAGAUCGCCGAGUACAGGAGGCUGAUGGACGGAGAGACUAGCAGCCUCAUCACUUCCUCUGGGGUCACCUCCACCAGUACAGUCAAGGUGAGGACCAUCGUUGAAGAGGUGGUGGAUGGGAAGGUGGUGUCCUCCAUCAGUGAUUGAGCAGCCCUGCGAUCUCUGAUCCUCGCAAACAUCAAAACAUCAAAACAUCAACUGAGCUGAAAGUGUUUCAUCUGUAACAGAGAGUUAAUAAACAGGACUAC